AGAUCUCUCCACCAAUAGGAUCGUUCGUUGUUCCUCCGGCCGACCAAUAGGAUCAGAGCUGUGAGUCCGUGAACAUGGGACGGCUAAUGGUGGUGCAGACAGACAGAGGGAGUUAGAGAGAGAGAGACGCACACACACACACACACAGGGUGAAGGAGACGCAGGCGGCCAUGGCGGAGUUUCUCACCGACCCGUCCGUGCUGACUAAAGACAAGCUGAAGAGCGCGCUGAUGGCCAACAACGUGGCGCUGCCGAACGGAGAGCAGCGGAAGGGAGUGUACGUGGAGCUGUAUCUGAAAAACCUGACGUCCCAGAACAAGAGGAGCGGCUCCGCGGAGGCUUUCUCCAGCGACGAGGAGACUCCUGCCCCCGGUGCAGCCCCCGUGACCGCGCGCUCCGGCAGGAAAGCCACCAGGAAAACAGACCGGGUUCGUCCCGAGGAGAUCGACGUUACCGAACUGACCAACGAGGAGCUGAAGGAGCAGCUGCUGAAGUACGGGGUCAGUGCCGGACCCAUCGUAGCGUCCACACGUAAAGUGUACGAGAAGAAGCUGCAGAAGUUACUGGACCAGGGUCCUCCUCAGACCACCGUCAUCACCGUCUCCGAGCCGGUUCAGACCCACACCACCCGUAACGGGAGCGCAGACUCGGACCAGUACAGCGAUAAAGAGGAAGAAACAAGAGCAGCAGAACCAGAACCGGAGCUAGAGCCUGAACCCGAGCCUGUCCCGAUAGUAGAGCGGCCGCUAAGGAGCCGAGGAAAAACCCCAGUGACCACCAGAACCAGAAGCAGCCAGAACAAGGAUGAAGGUGACGAGUUGGAAGAAGAAGACCUUGAUGCGGCAAAUGUCAAGAGGAAGUCGAGGAGGUCGUCUCGCCGUGUGGAUCACACCGUUCCCGACUCUGUAUCUGUGUCAGAGUUGCUCCCAGUUCCUCGUGAGAGGAAACGAUUCCCGGCAAUACCCAAGGAGCCGAAGGAGCUGCUUGCCGAAGCACUGCCGAGGUCUUUUCGUGUGAGUGAGGAGGGCUCGUCUGAGUCUCCCGAACGGCGUCCGUCUUCGGCCCGCGCCCCUUUGGAUUAUCAGGACGGCGCCGUUUCCGCUGACAAGGUGUCGUGUGAAGUAGAUGUGGUUUUUGAGUUAAUACUGGGUGAAGGGAAUGGGUUUCUCACACGCAUUUGCUGUUUGAUAAGUAAACCUCCUCCUCAGUUUUAUAAAAGGGUUACCGUCGCUGUGAAGACCGUGGGACCGCGUCAUACAUCACCCUCCGGCCAGCCAGAAAGAAAGCGUAGUGAAAGUGUCGCUGCGUUGCCUAAAGCAUCUGCUGAGGAAGUCCAGCUUUCCCUCCUCGAUACCGCUCUCCUCGAGGUUGGUCCACAGGAGGUUCUGAGCUCCAGACCUGAUCAUGUGGACUCGCCACGCGAGUUUAAAUCAUUGUCAAAGCACGCAAAACCGAAGAGUUCACCUUGUUCAGCUUCACCUCAGCCAUCCAGAGAGCUGAUCCACGCGAUGUGCAGACUCUCACCUUCUCGAGCCGGUCAAGACAGAGGUUCCUCGAGCUCUCUCUCUCUCGUGGAGUCUCCCUGUCGUCCGUCUCGUGACCUUCCUGUCAUGAAGAGCUCGUCUGACGUACAGGCGCGAUCGUGUGCUUCUCCGUCAGCAGUACAGAGCCGAAUCGAUGGCUUCUUCUCUCCAGUUACGCCUGCUCGGGGGCAGGACCACGGCCUUACAGAUCAGACUCCAGGAGCGCUGAUCGAGAAGUUAUCAGCCGUUGAGCAGACCCCUAAGACACCAGAGAGAGACCUGCUGAAGGACAUGUUCCCUAACGAGGUCUUCAACACUCCCACAGGAAUCAGCGCCACUCGUCGGCAGCCGAUUAAAGGAGCUGCAGGACGGCCCUUCAGUGAGACCUGGCAGGACAACCUACGUCCCCGUCUCACCGAGCACAGAUACACCAGUUCAUCCUACACAGAGACCCGGUCUGCCCCUCGCCUCAGCGCAGUCCCUCGCCUCAGCGCCGCCCCCUUGUCGACCCCCCUGUCCGUCCCUCUGUCCGUCCCCAAACUCGCUGCGCCCCCGAGCGUCCCGCCCAAAUCGCGACGCCGAGUGCCCGUCUGGGUGCAGCUGCUGCUGCUCAGCGCAGUCGCCGGCUUCCUGCUGUUCGUCUAUCAGGCCAUGGAGAGCAACCAGAUGAGUCCGUUUGGGCAGCCGGGCCACAGCGAGGCGCUAGACACCUCCGGGAAAUGAACAAUCUGUCUUCAACCCACCCUCAGAACACCACAUUUAAAGACUUUUUCUGUCCCGUGUACAUCAUUUUUCUAACUCGCCUGGUCCAGAGAACCGUCCAGAACCAAGCGAGGUCUCAAGAACCCGUUUGCGUUUUGUUUUCGGAGGAGUUUUUUUUCCGAGCAGCUCUGUGUGGUGCUACAGUAGGUGGGUCAGAAGCUUCUGAACAAAAGCUAGAAUUAAGGAAAAGCCAAAGGAGUCACACAACGUCUCUGUGUAUUUUUACAUUCUGUGAAUAAAUUAUCUAGAGAAAUAAAGCAUAAUUAAUCUGAUUUAUGAGUUUAAUAAGUCACAAGACGGCCUUAAACUGAACUCGGGACGCAUCAACGCAGCGAGUUACAAGAAUCCGCUCGCUAAUGUUGGAGAGAGCGAGUACAAAUGUGCACGCAGCGUGGAGCAGAAUAAAAUAUCUCACGGCUCUCCUGAUUGUUAAUUAUAAUGAGCCUGCUUGUUUUGAUGUCAUCAAAGACCAAAUAAAAGUUCUGAAAAUGAAUAAAUAAAUAAACAAAUAAACAUCCUCCUGAUGCGUCCCUAAACCAUUUCCGAACCCGUCUUCUCACUAACUCUCACUUUCACAUAGUGUUAUCUUGUCGAGUCUUAUAUUAUUUAUGUAUACCUUUUUUUUUUUUGGCAAUAUAAUAAAACGUGAACUCGCCCGGCCACUUUAUUAGAAACAUUCAUGUAAUCGGCUUAUCACGUUGCAGCAGCACAGUGUUUGAGAUCGUUCAGCUCGUUGUAAGGAGUGAUCAUUCAAGUCACUGUAGACGCACAAGACCCGACAUGAUCCAGUGUGACUGUCCUCCUCUGACCAGGUUUUUUCGGUAACUCCACGCUCUAAAGUCAGAGAUGUUUGAUACAAAUGAUAGUCUGUUGACUUAUACGGGACUUUUUAUACAUCAUGCUGCAGACACUUGAUUGGCUGUUUAGAUGUUCCUAAUAAAGUAGACACAGUGUAUAUCAUGACUUACUUUUUGAAUAUUUGCUACAUAUUUUACAUGUUUAUUCAUAAAAAAUUUCCCACAGCAAAUUUUUUUUUUUUUAUCUUGUCAUAAUUAAAAAGAAAUAAAGCUUAUCGAUGAAAAAAACCUUUUUUUUAAAUAUGAAUUAUCUGCGUAACAAAAGCUUAGCACUUCAUUUAUCCAUGGUAAUUGCUUCAUGUAUAUUAUAUUUACUCCUCCGUAUAGUAUUUAUUGUUAUGUUUAUGUUUAUUCAGGAGAACGCUGCGUGAAUUACGACUGAGACUGAGGACAGUGGGAGUUUUUUUUUAUACCGUAGCCCGCAUUAUGUGAUUUGUAGAAAUAAAAUAAAACAUUUAACUUCA